CGGAGACAACGGCGGUUGAUGCUGUCCCAUCAUCAGUUCACACCCAACGGCGCUGCAGCGCACCGCUCCGCGGACUGUACCGCCAUGAUACUCCGGUUCAAAACCUUCAACUGAACCGCCUUGAGGACGACUAGAUCCGAGGACAGCAAGGAAGGGACGUGGAUAUACACGCAAGCGGGCGUACCUGCGGACACGCCGACAGAGGCAAACUCCACUGCGCAGCACGAUUGUGGUUCUCUCCCCAGAAACGUGUCCAAGUUGGACAAGAAAUAUAUCCUCGCUCCUGCGUAUCAGUUCACGCCUCAACAUGUCUUCGUCGGGCAAGGAGGCUAACAGUGGGCAUUGUGCCAACUAUGUGGGACCCUAUCGCUUGGAGAAGACGCUGGGAAAAGGACAAACAGGACUGGUCAAGCUGGGCGUCCAUUGUGUCACAUGCCAGAAGGUUGCUAUAAAGAUUGUCAACAGAGAAAAACUCAGCGAGUCUGUUCUUAUGAAGGUUGAGCGGGAGAUAGCCAUCCUGAAACUCAUAGAACAUCCUCAUGUAUUAAAGCUACACGAUGUCUACGAAAACAAGAAAUACCUGUACCUGGUGCUAGAGCACGUGUCUGGUGGAGAGCUCUUUGACUACCUUGUGAAGAAAGGCCGACUGACGCCAAAAGAAGCACGAAAAUUCUUCCGACAGAUCAUAUCAGCUCUGGACUUCUGCCACAGCCACUCCAUAUGCCACCGAGACUUGAAGCCGGAGAAUUUGUUAUUAGAUGAGAAGAACAACAUCAGGAUAGCAGACUUUGGCAUGGCGUCUCUGCAGGUCGGGGAGAGUCUGCUGGAGACCAGCUGUGGAUCGCCACAUUACGCCUGCCCAGAGGUUAUCAGGGGGGAGAAGUAUGAUGGCCGAAAAGCAGAUGCAUGGAGCUGUGGAGUCAUCCUGUUUGCACUUUUAGUGGGCGCUUUGCCUUUUGAUGAUGACAACUUGAGGAAUCUUUUGGAGAAGGUGAAACUCGGAGUUUUCCACAUGCCUCACUUCAUCCCGCCAGAAUGCCAAAACCUCCUUCAGGGCAUGAUUGAAGUGGACGCUUCGAAGAGACUGACGUUAGAGCAGAUCCAGAAGCAUUCGUGGUACCUCGCUGGAAAAAAUGAGCCUGAGCCCGAGCAGCCCGUCCCCAGGAAAGUGGCCAUCAGAAUGCUGGCUACAGUGGAAGAGAUCGACCCAGAUGUCCUGGAGAGUAUGCAUUCCCUUGGCUGCUUCAGGGAUAAGGAUAAGCUGACCAAAGACCUACUGUCUGAUGAUGACAAUCAGGAAAAGAUGAUCUACUUCCUUCUCCUUGACCGCAAGGAGAGAUACCCAAGCCACGAGGACCAGAACCUUCCUCCACGCAGUGAAAUCGCAGACCCUCCCAGGAAGCGUGUGGACUCACCCAUGCUUAGCCGUCACGGGAAGCGGCGACCAGAGAGGAAGUCGAUGGAGGUGCUUAGCGUCACAGAGGGAGGAUCACCCAUCCCCGUACGGCGAGCCAUCGACAUGGCAACUCAUGGUCAAAGCAAAUCUGUUUUCAGUAAAAGCUUGGAUAUCACAAACGCUAACUGCAGCAUGGAAGAAAGGUCACGGUCAAUCAGCGGAGCGUCCUCCGGUCUGUCCAUCAGUCCACUCAGCAGUCCAAGGCCCAACAGGCGUUUUUUCAUCCCACCCCAGUCCCCAGACCUGUGUCAGUCCCCCAAUUGCAGCCCCACCCAUUCACUAGAGGUCCGCCUUAAUGGGGUGGGCGCUCGCACACCCAACUCCUUCCAACCCAAGAGGGGGUCUCCCCUCAUGCACCCACGCACGCAGACCCUCCCUGCCAAGCCCAAAGUGUCUGCGAAGCCUCUGCUGACUACCAGGUCCAACCCACUUCCCAACACGGCCCAGACUUCCUCCAACCCCAAGUCUGAGCCCUCUACACCCAGCCAGCCUUUAGCACCCUGCAACCCGAACAGCCCCCAUGUGAGGCGCCACCCCCCGCUUACCGUCCCCCCAAAGCUCUCCAUCCCCCUGUCUCCCGUGCCUCCUAUGUCACCCCUGCGGCGCCACCACCUGCACCCUGACCACAAUGGCAAAUCUUUCCCCAACUCGCAGGUUACCCCCCAUCCUUCCCCCAGAGGAAGCCCUCUCCCCACUCCCAAAGGCACCCCGGUGCAUACGCCAAAGGAUAGCCCAACUGGCACACCUAGCCCAACACCUCCACCCAGCCCCUCGAUCGGGGGCAUGCCCUGGAGGACGCGCCUCAACUCCAUCAAGAACAGCUUCCUGGGCUCCCCUCGUUUCCAUCGCAGGAAAAUGCAAGUGCCCACACAGGAGGACAUGUCCAGUCUCACCCCGGACUCUUCUCCAGAACUUGCAAAAAAGUCAUGGUUUGGGAACUUCAUCAACCUGGAGAAGGAGGAGCAGAUCUUCAUUGUGAUCAAAGACAAACCUCUGAGCUCCAUAAAGGCAGACAUCGUCCACGCUUUCCUCUCUAUACCCAGCCUGAGCCACAGUGUCAUAUCCCAAACUAGCUUUCGGGCUGAGUACAAGUGCACGGCUGGUCCAACAGUUUUCCAGAAACCUGUGAAGUUCCAGGUGGACAUCACCUACUCAGAGAGUACCUGUGCCACAAAGGAGAAUGGCAUCUACUCUGUCACCUUCACACUGCUCUCAGGUCCCAGCCGACGUUUCAAGCGUGUGGUGGAGAUUAUUCAGGCCCAAUUGCUCAGCUCCAAUGACCAGUCAGGCAUCCAGCCCCAGAUCUCCGGCAGCCCGUUGAGUAACUUCUUUGACGUAAUUAAACAGCUUUUUUCAGACGACAAGAACACCCAAGCGUCCCACUCCCCCGGCGCUCCUGUCGAGUCUAGCUCCCCCGCCAAGCAUGCUCCCGGCAGCAGGUCCCACCAGCCCCCGCCCAAUGACUCGAAAUGCCCCGCUGGCAAAGACAAAACAAAGACGGCUACCAGGACACAAGAACAACCUUAAGGAGCAGUCGCUGUGCAUGUCUAGAUGAGAAAGGUUGUUAACGGGUCAUGAAACAAGAUGGAGAGCUGCUUGUGUGGCCCUUUAGAUGGGACACACCACUCAAAUAUUUCUUUGCCUUUGGAUUUUAUACAGCAUAAUGGGAAUGGCUAUUUCAAUUAGUUUGUAGCAAUUGUACUGCAGCUGUGUUGGCUCCGCCUUCUGUCACACUCUCUUUCCCCGGGGUGUGUUCCUCCCAUGUUUGAUAGAUUGACUUGUCUCUGUUACCAGGGAUCAUCCACAAUAACUAUUAACCUCGGCACCUCCUUGAGAACGGCCUCCAGUGGUCGGCCUGCUUGCGGCCCUCCGUCGCCACCAGCGUGUGCAGAAAAGACUGAGCACUCGCCGUCACUUGGCUCCACUUCCCUCUCUUCAAGCCCGUUGUCAGUCCCAUUUCACGCCCCCCCCCCCCCCCCCCCUCGCCCCGCCAGCCCAAACUCUUCCUGGAUGAGUUGUAGGAUGGAAAAAAAGUAGUAGCCUUAAGACAGGACGUUUGUCCAUUCGCACACAUCUUCAACUUUAUUUUUGCUUCAGUUCCUCCCAUCUGUACAUGAAAACACGCCGAUGUGAACAAAACAAAAAUGUGGGAUGUAUGGACUUGCACGCAAACGAUAGGAGGGGGAAGGAAGCAGAGCCAGAUGGUGAGAAGGAUAACUUAUAUGGUCUGUGAUUCUUUAUCAAGAUCUCUUUCAUUGAAUUUUUAAGCUUUGUUUCGAAUGCGGCCCAAUCAUGCGCGGGGCUCGGGAUUCUGCAUUAAAUGAAUGACCUUCUGUUGUACAGAUUAAGUGUUGUUUCGUAGCUACAUAAACUGUUGUUGUGACAUGUUUUUCGAAUUAUUUGGAGACGUUCUGUUCUCAGUAGUGAAGGCCUGGUCACAUCGGGAACCCAUAACUAUAAGAAAACAUUGAAUCCUAAAAUGAGUCAUUUGCUGACAUUUGGAAUUGCAAAGAUGAUAUUUUUUUUGGGGGGGUGGGGUAGAAUUUUACAGUUUGUUUUACGUUUGAAAACACUAUCCCUGCAGAUGUCAAAGCAGUUAAAACAACAUUUGCGUUACAACUCACCAGAUAAUUGAUGUAAGUGGGCUGGCAUCCCUACGAGUAUUUUUUAUUUGGCGUUUUUUUUAAAUUCGUAAUUCCAACACGAAACGACGACUGAAUCCACUCACCAUUUGGCAUUUAUGUGCAUUUCUUUAUUUUUUUUUUACAAUGAAUGCAGGAUGCCUUGACCUGCUGUGACUGGGCCUCUCUGACAACACAUCUCAUUUUCCUUUUGCACUUUUAAUGAGUGGAUCAGAACAUUUAAACCCUGACUUGAAAUGUUUUUUUUUUGGGUUGGGGGUGGUUAUCGAAUGCAGGAUGAAGAUUGAACCAAUGCUAUGUCUAUUUUUGUACUUUAUUUUUGUUAUUAAUUUAUUCUCUUAUUUAUCAAAUAUGUUGAAGCAUUUUUGGUCCCGUUAUUUGCUUUUGCCAUUUUUAUUUAAGUUAUUUGGCGGCAGAGAUGUUUUGUGGAAGUUCGUUAUUUUUCUCUCUCUGGGUGAAAGUAACAUUGUAAUAUACGUUUGGGGAAAUGAUUGACCCUAAUUUAAGAAUGUAGAUGUAGCUCUUUGAAAGGAACAAUCCCUUUGUUGUUAACUAUAAGUUUGUAUGAUGACUCAGAUCACACCAAGCUCUCAUCUUGUAAAUAAGACAGGUUGACUUACAAGCUUGUUUCAACACACCAGGAGGAUUCCUACUUAGUUUUGACCUCCAAAGGUUGUUUGCAUGUUCAGCAUUUGUCUUUUCUUUGCAUGUCGUUGUAAGACUUGUUCUCCUGUUCCCGUUUUCUCUUUCAACUAAUUUAUGUUACCAAUGUGCUUUGGUUUUAUUUAGUCAUACUUUUUCACUCUGACCUUAACCACUUCUUUUCGUUGAUGUGCAUACCAUUUGCCAUGGUACCAUCCUCCCGACUUUGUGUCUCUCCACGUGGGACCUCGCUGGCGACCGGGUCACACACUCAGCUGCGUGGCUGUUGGCUAUUCAGUGACGAGUUAAAAGCAAUAUCUUUCAUUGUUGGCUUUCCUCUUUUUCUACAUUGUGAAUACAGAGCACACAACAUGGACUCUGAGGAUAACGAAUGAGCGGGAUCACCAGUGGCAAUGCAUUCCCUCGUGAUGUUACUGUGAACAACUUCAGUGCAAAAGGAAAUAAAUCUGUUGACUUUGGA